UGUAGCCUAUUUGACUGAUAAACCUUAGCGAACAGCCCAAUACAUUUUAAAUGACAUCUUUAAUCUACUUAGCACAGUGAAGAUCAUAACAAUUUCUCUAAUUCCUUUUCUAUAAACUACCUACGCAAUUUAUCUGCUUAGUUUACCAGCAUUGCUCAGCGUAGAUGCGAGAAAAAUAGAUCUGUUCUAAUUUGACCGCUAUGACGCCGUUGAAGUUUACAGCCGGACUGUUUUCUCUCGUUCACUCCUGUGCGUUCUAAUUUCAACGUGUACACGCUCGUUUUCAUGAAUUGUGUUGCCUCUUUUCAUGGCAUUUCUAUCUGCAACGUUCGACACUGUUUGGCUACUGAACGUGGCUAUUACCUAAUAAACCACUCCCUCUCUUUCUCACACAGUUCUUUCUGAAGAAACGAAACCAACAGCUGAGCCACAGAUAGAUCAAUGAGACAGAUACUUCACCGAAUGUAUAAAUGUGAAGCCUCCCGUUGGCGUUUCCACUCACUACCAAAUAUGGUGGUGAGAGGAAGUCCAGUGACCGGCAGUGGGAGAAGAAACAAUACAGUUGUCUGUUUCCAAAACAAAAAUAUGUUACGAACAGAGUGGACAAAGUUUUUUUUUAGACUUUUACCCUUUGCCAACAUUUCAAAAAAAUGGUGUUGUUUAGAAGGAGUGUAAUUGCACACACUCACUUCAGAGUCGUUUCCUAACGGAAUAAUGCAAAUAUAUGCUAGAACGCGCCAAUAGGCUCUCGCUAGCUCGUGCUUUGCUCUGUCCACCUCCUUGUUUGUUCUACCCACUAGGAGUCAUUUGCUCCCAUUAGAAACGACUGGCUGUGGUUUGUCUUGGGUUAGUUAUACAAAUAUUUGGCUGACCUGGUGUAGCAGUACAAGAGACGAAACCAACAACUGCGCUGUAGCUGUACAGUAAGUAGUUGUAUUAAGAAUGCACCGGAUGUAUCGCACGUUAGUAACAUGUAGUGACUCAACUACUGUGGCUCAAACUAUAGAUCUUUUGAAUCAGAAAAAAUGUAGUUGUCUAAUCUGUGUGGGUUUACUGAAUCCGGUGAGAAUUCCCAGUGGACAGAGUUACUGCAAAUUAUGUAUUGGUAACUGGGAUCAGGAUGACCAAAAGAAUCCUUACCACAUCUGCUUCCAGUGCAGAGAGACCUACACCCCAAGACCUGCAUUAGACACAAACUGUCACGGAUACGGCCGAGGCUGCCCCUCCUCCUCGUUCGGGCAGGCUUCGGCGGUCGUCGUCACCGGAAAGAAGAUGAGUGGGACAAAGAAGACACGCAAGCAAGAAACCCAGUCACCAGCUCCCUCUUCCAUCGGACAGGCUGUGGAAAAACAGGACUUGAAGGAGUUUCAGGAUCCAGAGCCAGGGAAGACACAGGAACUGUAUGCCCAAAUGGAUUACAUCCUGGAUAGGGUAAAUCAAAACAACUUCCAGCAAUCGAUGAAGGCAAUUACUGAGUUCACCAUUAACACAGAGGCCAGACUGAAGAGCAUCAUUCACCUCAUAUAUGAGAGGGCCCUGGCACAACCUGCCAGCUCUGUGGUCUAUGCCAACAUGUGCCGCUGCCUCAUGGGGCUUAAAGUACCCACCGCUGCCAAACCAGCAGUGACAGUAAAUUUCCGCAAGCUGCUUCUGAACCGAGUCCAAAAUGACUUUGAGAACAUGGCGAGAAACAGUCGUGAAAUCUUGCAGCAAAAGCAGGAGAUGGUGGAUGCCAUCACCAAGGAGGAGGAGCGCCAGCGACUGAGGAAGGAGCUGGAGGAGGCCAAGACCGAGGGGCGGAGGCAGUCGCUAGGCAAUAUCAAGUUCAUGUGUGAGUUGUUCAAGUUGAAGAUGCUGACGGAGUGCGUCAUGCACGACGUCAUCGUACAGCUGCUGAAGAACCAAGAUGAUAACUCGCUGGAGGGCCUGUGCACAUUACUCUACACCAUCGGCAAGGACUUGGACUUUAAGAAGGCCAGGCCCAGAAUGGAUCAGUACUACAACCAGAUUGUGAAGAUUGUGAAGAAUAGGACAACCUCCCCCAGAAUCACAAGCAUGCUGCAGGAUGUGCUGGACCUCCGAAAGAAAGAAACACCCCAGCUUGCGGAGUUGGUGGAAAAGAUUGAGAAGACCGGGCUGCAAGCUGACAAUGAUGCUGAGAAACACACUGGACCUGGAGACACAGAACCUGUUUUGCGUCCUCACUAUAAGUCAUUAGCCAUGAAGAAUCAGAAGCUGAUCAGCACAUCUAUACCACUACAGGAGAACACGUGUCCUCAUUAUGAUAAACUGAAAGCUGAAGACUCAGCUGCUGCUCGGGGGGCUACCAAAAAGAAAAAGGCGAGUGUGCUGUUGAAGACAUGCCAGCAGAUAAUCCAGGAGAGGGAGGAGGAGCUACAGAAACUGAGACAGGAAGUGGAGUGUCUAAAGUGCUUAUCACAGGCUACAAUGGAGGACAGUGAGAGGUUCUUCACCAAGCUGAUUGAGACAAGGUGCUCAGAGGUGAGAGAGGUGAUCCAAGCUAAAGAGAAGGAGAUGGUGAGUGAGGCUGAGGGACUCCUACAGACACUAGAGCAGGAGCUUGAUGAGCUGAAGAGGACUGAAACAGAGGGCAGACAGCUUCCACACAUAGAGGUCUACCCCCAUUUCCUACAGACAUUGCCCAGCAUCACUGAGGCUUUUGAAGAAGUGAGGACAUAUGCCUCUGAAAUGCAACAACAAUUUGAGGAUUCCUCCAAGUUGCAAUUUGUGGAGUUUUCUAAAUCAGUUGAAGAAAGUCUGGGACCAUACACUAUCAGUUCUCUUAGCACUACCAGACAGGCAGUGGAAGAAAAGGACUUGGAGGACUUUGUUGACCUAGAGACAGUGAAGACAGAAGAAAUGUAUGAACAAAUGGAUAACAUCCUGGCCAGUCUGACUCCCAAGAACUUCCAUCAGUCGAUGAAGGUAGUGAGUGCAUUCACCAUUGACACAGAGGACAAACUCAAGGGCAUCAUUGACUCUAUAUAUGAGAGGGCCAUCCUAAACCCUACCGGCGCCGAGGUCUAUGCCAAGGUGUGCCACCACCACCAAUUCAUGGGGCUCAAAAUACCUGGAGUGACAGUAAAUUUCCGCAAGCUGCUGCUGAACCAAUGCCAGAAGGGCUUUGAGAAAGAUAAUAGUAAGAUCUUAAAAGAAAAGCAGAGGGAACUGGACGCCACCACUGAGGAGGAGGACCGCCAGCGACUGAGGGAGGAGCUGGAGGAGGCUAAGGCAGAGGGGCAGCGGGAGUUGCUAGGCAACAUCACAUUCAUCUGCGAGUUGUUCAAGUUGAAGUUGAUGACCGAGGGCCUCAUAGACUACUGCAUCGUAAAGCUAAUAAAGGAUGGGGAUGAUGAUUCGCUAGAGGGUCUGUGCACAAUACUCUUCACCAUUGGCAAGGACUUGGACUCUGAGAAGAACCAGCCCAGAAUGGAUGAGCACUACACGCAGAUUAAUCUGAUAAAGGAGAGAAGGAGGACCUCCCACAGAAUCCGUUAUAUGCUUCAUGAUGUGCUGGACCUCAGAACGCUCCAUUUGUACAAGGAACAAAAGGAAGACCAUUGAAGACCAGGACUGUGUUUUUUACAAUGGUUUUCCAACACACAUGCACAAACACACAUCAUCGAGUUACUGUAAAUGUUUAUUUGUUUAAUUUGAUGUGUAUAGUCCAAUCACAAGAACUGAACAUAGCCGUUUUGCAUUGAAAUGCAUGUUUCAUGUGUGUUACCAGGUUUCAAUUCAAACUUUUUAUGCAAGUAAAGUACAGAUGUAUGAUCUUCAUUUGAGGCAGUUUGUUACAGCAGGAAAAUAAUCCUGCAGCA